AUGUCACCAGAAGUUUACUCAAUUGACCUUACAGUCGAAAGAUCAUCUAUACCAGAUGUAUUGCGUGGUAUAAUUUUUGGUAAUUUGAAACCAAAAGAAGUAGACUUGUUGGACAUAACUUAUUCGGCGAUAGAUGAUCCUACUAUUGAAAGAACCAUCGAAGACAAAAUCCAACAAUUUAUGAAAAAUCUUGAAAUUCAAAAUAGUCAAUCAGGAAAAAAAGGUUGGUUGGGUAAAACAGAAGAAGAAAUUUGUUGGGAACAAUGGGCAAUUACUAUUAACAUAGUUAAUUAUAACAGUAAUACUGAGCGUGAAAGAUUGAUUGUUCAUAAAGAAAUGGCAGAGCAAUUUUAUUCAUGUCUGUUUGAUAUAAUAUGUUAUGUAAAUGAGAAAAAAGAUCAUAUUCCGCCAAUUACCACAUCAGAAGCAAAUCCGUUUCCUUACCAGAUAUUUAUACCUUCAACGAAUGAUAAUUGGGGUUCACUAUUAAAGAAAAUGCUAACAGAACCCCCUCAACCCAUUUAG